AGAAGCUAAGCGGCCAUCUUUGGCCCAAAGCCAGGCCGACUCGGGCUCCGAAUCUGAAGGGAGCGAGUAUGAAACAAACCACACGGUCCCUCUCACCAAAGUCAACCUCCGGAAAAUGCUCCGGGAAACAUCUGAGGACAUUAAAGUCUACACCACAGCAGCACUAGAAAAUCAAAUAACCGGCCUAAAAGAAGACAUGGAGGCGUUGGGAUCACGCACAAGCCACACAGAACGCAUGAUCACAGAGACACAGGCAAAGGUGGCAAAUCAGGACCAGGACCUGGAGACACUAAAAGAGAGAGUGAUGUACCUGGAGGACGGCCUGGAAGAUCUUAAUAAUAGGUCUCAAAGACAAAAUAUUCGCAUACGGGGGCUGCCGGAAUCAGUCCUACCGGAGGCACUACUCCCCACCAUAAGAGCAAUAUUCCAGUCUCUCCUCCCUGAUAUACCUGAACAAGAACUUUAA